UCUCUCUAAUCUCAUAAUCUCUCUCUCUCUCACUCUUAACACCAAAAGAAGAAGAAGCAUUCCAAGAGAAAGAGAGACAAAUGGGUUCCAAGAUUGUCCAAGUUUUCUUGAUGUUGGCUCUAUUCGCCACUUCAGCACUAGCUCAAGCCCCUGCUCCUACUCCCACCGCCACUCCUCCUCCUCCCGCAACCCCUCCUCCGGUCGCAACUCCUCCUCCAGUGGCUACCCCACCACCAGCAGCAACCCCAGCCCCAGCCACGCCACCACCUGCCGCAACCCCAGCUCCUGCCACUACACCAUCGGCUGCUCCUUCUCCGGCUGAUGUUCCCGCCGCCUCUCCACCAGCACCAGAAGGUCCCACCGCGAGCCCAAGCGGUGCUCCAGGACCUUCAGAUGCAGCCGCUGCCCCAAGCGCCGCUUUCUCCAACAAGGCUUUCUUCGCCGGAACCGCAUUCGCCGCUAUUAUGUACGCCGCCGUUUUGGCUUGAGAACUUUGUUAUAUAAAUUUUUUAUUUCCCU